AUGUUAAAUUCAAAAAAGAAGCAAAUAAUUUGCAAUCAAUUUGAAUUAUUUAAGGAUAAGAAAUUUAAGUAAAUUCCUUCAUUAAAAGUAUAUUUUAUAUAUCAUAUUUAGUUAGUUAAAGUUGAGAAUCCUAAUUAUAAAGAAUAAAUAUUUAAUGAGUCUAGCGCUGAAGAUAUUUUUUAAUAAAUGGGAAACAAAGAUAAUAAUUAAAAUUAACAAAUAAAUAUAAAUCAAGAAUCUAAAAUCUCUAAAUAUGAUGAUUGGAAAUCUUAUUAUAAUUCAAGAUUAAAAGAAGUUAAAUUAGAAAGACCUGAACUUAAUCAUAAUUAAAUGACACAAUUAAUAUCAGAAGAAUGGAAGUUGUUAAAAAAGUAAUUCAAAAAAGCUCCUUUAUUUUCAAAUCAAGAUGAAGAAGUAAUUAGUAAAAGGAAGUUAAAAUAAUUUAAGGAUAAUUCAAAAUUUUGUUCAGAAAUUAUUAUUGAAAAAUAAGAAUCUGAUGGAGAACUUGAUUUUAAUCCUUUUGAAUGUGCCAAAUUUAUUGAAGAUUUGAGACUAAAGAAAUUUAAAAUAGUUAUUAAUGAUUUGCCAUAUGAACUUCCAGGAAAUGCUAUUAUAGAAGCAGUAAAUAAUGAUUCAGUUCUAAUAUAUUUGAAUUAAAAUAAUAAUAAUAAUAAUACAAAUACAGUUAAUGGAACACCCAAUGAAAAAAUAAAUCCAAAUUUAGAGAAUAUAUUAAGUGAUAGUGAAUAGAGCAUUUGCAGAGGAAACGAUGAUUUUAUUUUGUAAAACAAUAUUAAAUCAUUUUUAUGA